AUCAUGAAAAUAAGAGAACUCGAAUCGAUGCUAGUUCUACCUCUGAAAAGAUAACUGCCGAGAAAGUUGAAUGUAUGUUACAUCUUACUAACGCAAUUACUGAAUUGCAGCAGCAAGUAGAAGAUCAAAAUCUAGAGAUAUUAGAAUUGAGAAAGCAAAUAAAUGGCUAUUGUGAAGAGAUUAUUC